AUGUCUUUGAAUCAAAUGCAAAUCAAGCAGGAAAUCACCCUCCCACCUGGCCUGAGCAAAACGAUUUCAAAGCAAAGCCAAGAGCCUGUGCCAUGCACUGAGCCGGUCCCAUGUCCACAGCAGCAACCUGAAGUCCAAGUCCCAACACCUUGCCCUGAACCAGUCCCAGUAGUAGUGGUACCAUGCCCAGAAAAAACAGUGCCAUUGCCAGCACCGGUGGUGGAGCCAGGCAAAGGAGAAACACCAGUCGUCGUAAUACCCGAGUGUCCACCCCAGGAGCAGCAGCAGCAACAGCAAUGCAAGCUACCACCAACUUUCCCACCUGUAUCAUGCCCUGAGCCUGUUCCAUGCCCCGAAGAGAAAACAGCGUGCAAAGAGCUGCCUGUGCCAGCCCCUGUUUCCUGCUCUGAACCAACUCCAUGUGUGCUGGAGAAGCAGGAGUGCAAGGAGAUCCCUGUUCCAGUUCCUGUUACCUGCUCGGAGCCUGCAGUGUGUCCCCAAGAGAAGCAGCAAUGCAAGGAGAUCCCUGUGCCAAUCCCUGUCCCAUGCCCUGAACCUUCACCAUGUCCUCAGGAGAAGCAGGAGUGCAAGGAGAUCCCUGUGCCAAUCCCUGUUCCAUGCCCUGAACCCACACCAUGUGCCCAAGAGAAGCAGCAGUGCAAGGAGAUCCCUGUUCCAUGCCCUGAACCCACACCAUGUGCCCAAGAAAAGCAGCAGUGCAAGGAGAUCCCUGUUCCAUGCCCUGAACCCACACCAUGUGCCCAAGAAAAGCAGCAGUGCAAGGAGAUCCCUGUGCCAAUCCCUGUUCCAUGCCCUGAACCUGCACCGUGUCCUCAGGAGAAGCAAGAAUGCAAGGAGAUCCCUGUGCCAAUCCCUGUCCCAUGCCCUGAACCUUCACCAUGUCCUCAGGAGAAGCAGGAGUGCAAGGAGAUCCCCGUGCCAAUUCCUGCUCCUUGCCCUGAGCCAGGGAAGUGCUCCCCUCCAGAGAAGUGUCCUCCCAUCGAGCAGCAGCAGGUGAAGCAGCCCAACCAGUGGCCACCCAUGCAGAAGUAA